GAGUGGCACUGCAACAAGUGCAAGCAUGAGCGUGGGUCCCAGGUCGGCAUGCCGGUUGUCAGUUGGGCCAGCAACACGGCGUGCUUCAAGUGCAAGCGGUCCAAAGGGGGCCAGUCGGACAACGAGAAACGCAUGGCCAAGAAGACCCAGGAGUUGGAGCGCCAGCUCAAGGCCGAGAAGUCGGCGCGUGCAGACGCAACCAGGGGCGGUGACAGCAUGGAGGUCGAGGAGUCGAACGGGGAUGAUGGCAAGGAUAUCGGGAUCCAGAUUGCCAUGUUGGGCUCGCAGAUCGCCCAGCUCUCCAAGCCCGAGAUCGCUGACAUCUCCAAGGAGCUGCGCGAGGGCCUCACGAAGCAGCGCGCGGAGCUGGUUGCGCAGCAGCGCGCGCCCAAGCCCAUUGGGGCGCAGGUCCUGCGGCUCUCGCGGGAGUGCGACAAUGUCGGCAAGGCCGUGGCCAAGAUGGAAUCGGUGCUGGAGGCCGAGAACAAGCAGCUUGAAGAACUGCAGGCUUCGAUCCUUGAGCGUCAGGGCCGGCUGCAGGAGAAGCGGCGCGAACACGUGGAGCUCCAGGCGCAGCUGGACGAGGUGCAGCGGCGGGUCGCCCUGGCUCCUGCGCCGAAGCGUGAGGCCGAGUUCCCGUCUGGCCAACACGCGGCCCUCGGCCUGGGGCUCUCGGUCGACGAGCUGGAGGCCUUCAUCAAGCAGCACGGCGGUGGCGAGGAGCUCUCGGCGAGCGUGGCCCGCGCGCUGCAGGCCAAGCAGCGGGAGGUCGCCGAGGCCCAGCGCGCGGCCUCUCGCGCGGCGCCGCCUGCCGCGCAGCAGCAGCCGGCUCCGCAGCCUGCUCAGCCGCCUCUCGGGCUGGAGGGGGCUGCCGCGGCGGCUGCCCGAGCGGGCGCCGGAGCGGGCGCAGCAGCGGCGGCUGAGGCCACGGGGCCGCCCGCGGAGCCCUCCAUCGAGGACUUGCGAGCGGUCCUGCACCAAGCCGGCGCGCGGGCCCCCGUCGAGGACGAGCAGGCCCGAGCCCAUGCCGAUGCACUGCGCCAAGCACUCUCCGCCAUCGGCCCAGGGGCGUCCGGGCGCAGGGUGGCUCGCGCGGCGCCCGGCACUGUCAUGUACUAG